CCCUGAAUCAAUCCCUCUCUCUCUCUCUCUCUCUCUCUCUGUCUCUCUCUCAACAAUUCAUGGAGUCCUCCACGCUCGCAAGGUCUCCCACAUCCGCCGCCGCCGCCGCCGCCGCCGCCAUCGUAACUCUACUUCUCGGCGUCUGCUUCGCGAAGCUUCUACUCCUCUUGUCCCGCCAAAAUCCGACACGAAGGAAGCCUAAUUACGCGCCAAUCGCGGGCACCAUCUUCCACCAACUCCUCAACAUCCACCGCCUCGUGGAUUACCACACCACCAUCUCCCGACGCCACAAAACCUUUCGCAUGCUCACCCCCUCCUGCAACUACGUCUACACCGUCGACCCCGCCAACGUCGAGUACAUCCUCAAAACCAACUUCGCCAACUACGGCAAGGGAGAGCUCAGUUAUAGUGUUAUGAGGGAUCUGCUUGGUGAUGGGAUCUUUGCGGUUGAUGGGGAUAAGUGGCGACAGCAGAGAAAGAUCGCUUCUUUCGAGUUUUCCGCGAAGGUGUUGAGGGAUUUUAGCAGUGUUGUGUUCAGAAACACCGCGGCCAAGCUCGCUAACAUCGUAGCAGAGUUCGCCUCUUCUUAUCAGAUGAUGGAUAUCCAAGAUUUGUUCAUGAAAUCGACUUUAGAUUCAAUAUUCAAAGUUGGGUUUGGGGUUGAAUUGGACACUCUGUCGGGGUCUAAUGAGGAAGGGCGAAAAUUUGCCAAGGCUUUUGAUGAUUCAAGUUGCCAGUUGCUGCGGCGUUUUCUCGAUGUCUCUUGGAAGGUUAAAAGGUUUCUGAAUAUAGGAUCAGAGGCAGAGAUGAAAAGGAAUAUUAAACUGAUCGAUGAUUUCGUGUACAAAUUGAUCGAUAAAAAGUCCGAACAAAUGUCCAAACAACGCGGAGACUUCAUGAAGAAAGAAGACAUCUUGUCGAGGUUUCUUAUCGAAAGAGAGAGAGGGUCGGAUAACAUAGAAGAUCGGUACUUAAGGGAUAUCAUUCUAAAUUUCAUUAUCGCGGGGAGGGACACAACAGCGGGGACACUUUCUUGGCUCCUUUACAUGCUAUGCAAGCAUCCUCAUGUACAGGAAAAGGUAGCACAAGAAGUGAGAGAAGCCAUUGGGAUCAAAGAUAAUGCGGCUAUGGAUGAAUUUGCUGCGUGUUUGACCGAAGAAGCCAUUAAUCAAAUGCAAUAUCUCCAUGCAUCUCUUACUGAAACACUUAGGCUAUACCCUGCUGUUCCGUUGGAUGCCAAGUGUUGCUUCUCGGACGACACACUACCGGAUGGCUUUGAUGUAAAGAAGGGCGAUAUGGUAAACUAUCAACCUUAUCCUAUGGGCAGAAUGAAAUUUCUGUGGGGGGAGGAUGCCGAAGAAUUUCGGCCAGAAAGAUGGUUUAACGAAGAUGGGGUUUUCGUUACUGAGAGCCCUUUUAAGUUCGCUGCUUUUCAGGCUGGCCCUCGCAUAUGUCUCGGGAGGGAAUUCGCAUACCGACAGAUGAAGAUCUUUGCUGCCACUCUCUUGUACUUUUUCAAGUUCAAGAUGUGGGACGAGAAGAAAAAAGUCGGUUACAGAACCAUGCUGACACUUCAAAUUGAUGGCGGACUACAUCUCGGCGCCUUUCGAAGAUGAAGAUACUUUAAUCUGAUUUACUCACACUCAAUUGUAACUUGUGCUUUAGUGCUAUGCAUAUAAAAAAAAGAAAAAAAGAAAAAAAAAACUUUGAUAUUUAAAAGUAGUCUUUGGCUAUGCCAAAUUUGUGUUGUUCAUUGAUACCAUGUAAAGCCAUGCAUAUGGGAAUAAGUUGGACAACCAUUGUAGCUUGUACACAUACUUGUUCUCUAGACGAAGCAUAUGGAUGCUUUACUUCUACCAAAA